AUGUCCGGCGCCGAAGCUGCAAUAGCUGGAGUGGGUUUUCUGUGCAAUGCGAUGCAAAUCGUCACUUUCGGUCGAGAUGUCCUCCAAGUCUGCCGUCAAAUUCGUGCCAGCAGUUCUCCCGACCCGAAUCUGCAAGGAUACCUAAAAAGCGCCGAGGCUUGCUUCAGCCAGAGAAAGGCUUAUUUUGAUCAGAUGAAGGCUUCCGCUUCAGCAGCCUCUCAAGCCCAGGGUUUGAACAGCGACCUACAACACAUUAUUGAAGUUGGUAAGAAGCUAGACGACUCUAUGGAUGAACUACAAUCCAAAUUCGCCAAGCUUCAUCUCAAUAGUGCUUCUAAAGGUGGAAUUCGAGGGUCGGCGCGAACGGUAAAGAAGGCUGUCGCAUCUAUGUGGCAAUCCAAUCAACUCAAAAGUCUUGAGGAAAAUGUCAAGAGAUACGAAAGUCUUCUCCAUGGUGUCAUGGUUCAUAAUAUAUGCAAUCAGCUUCAAGCCGCUAAGAUUCAGACAUCCAAGUCAUUCCAUCAACUCAACCAAGAUCUACAAUCAUUCAUCACAAAGCUGGCUGACGGAUGUACCAAGCUCUCCGAGCUCUCACUCGCCUCACUUGAAACGCGAGAUCGAGUUACUCAAGAGCACGAAACAACUCGCACAGCCAUAAAUCAAGGCUUUACUUCCACGCAAGGCGCCGUCUCAAGUAUGCACAACUCAAUGUCGCAGCGCCUUCAAGAAUCAGCACAACGUGAUCUAAGCAGUGACUUGAAGAAACGCCAUGAACGACUACUUGAUAGUCUUAGAUUCUCUGAAAUGAACAGCCGCAAAAAUCAAGUAUCCGAGAACUACCCCGGUACCUUUCUUUGGGUGUUUAAGAAAAAGUCUGACGGUAGUCAAACUCAACGCGUUAGUCGUGCAGAGACAUACAACAAAGAUGGAGAUAUACAUAUGAACGACGCAUCAACUUCGGCCCCUGGCACGGGUUCACAAAGCCCUGUCAGCUUUCCCUCUUGGUUAGAAUGCGACGCAAACCUAUUUUGGAUCAGCGGUAAGCCGGCCUCGGGGAAAAGCUCGCUCAUGAAGUUUCUCGCAACGAAUUCCCUGACAAUUGAACAUCUGAGGAUAUGGCAGCGCAGUAUACAGAUGUCGGAUGGCAAGUUACGCAUCAUCACUCAUUAUUUCUGGAAGGCUGGAGAAUCAUUACAGAACAACAUACAAGGCAUGAUGCUUUCUCUUCUACAUCAAGUGCUCAACAAGGACCUUUGUCUCGCUCAGCGACUCUGGGAAGAUCAAGAGAAUGUUUCCGAUAAGCGAGCAUAUGGAGACUGGAGUCUCAAAGAGCUAAGACACGCUCUAUGUCGCACAAUACGGUCUUCAGGAGACGCUUUCUGCAUAUUUCUGGAUGGGACGGAUGAGGCAAAAGAGUUAGAGCACCUAUCGUGGCGUGAUAGGGGAAAUUCCCAGAUCAUUCAUGACUUACUCUGUCUUAGCAAUGUCAAGAUAUGUGCCUCUAGCAGGGAAGAGCACCCAUUCUGCUUAUUCUUCGAAGGCAUGCCCCGUUUGAGAAUUCACCUGCUUACUUAUGGCGAUAUUUAUCGUUUUGCGGAGAACAAACUGGAAAGCUCAUCGGUGGAUUGUAACUACCGAGGUCACAUUCUGCGAACCAUUGUGGAGAAAGCAAAUGGUGUCUUCUUAUGGGUCGUUUUAGUUCUCGAUAGCGUCAAUCGAGCAAUACGAUCAGGUACAGCAAGCACCGACGAAAUACAGGAGCGACUCGAACAGACUCCUGCCGAUUUGACUGAUCUCUUGAUCGACAUGUGGGAGCGACCAGGAGAUGAUGCCAAGCUAUCAAGCUACAAGACUGACGCCUCGCGCUACUUUAGCCUUGUUGUUACUGCCAAGAGAAUGGAAGAGGAUAUUGGUUGGGAACAUGUUUCUGGUUUUCCCCAUCACAUGAAUUCUAUACUCGUUAUAGCUACGGCUCUAGAGGAUGAGCCAGUAACAUCAAUAAUUCACAAGGGUCGUUCCAUACAGGCAGAAGAGCUUCAGGACAGAUGUUCGAGGGUAGCAAACCGAUUGCGAUUGAUUAGCCGUGGGCUACUAGAGACAACGACAAGUGCAAAUUGGGACUGCAAAGGAGAUCCGCGCUUAAUGGAUUACAACAAACAAAGGAUCAAUUUCAUUCAUAGAUCCGCUUUCGACUUCAUCACGGAUACGCAAUUCGGUCGCGAGCGUUUGAGUAGCUGUCAAUGGUCUCCAGUUGAGCAGGUUUCCAGGUUGCUUGGAGGCCAUCUUGUCAGAUCUCGAUUUCUCAAGACUGUCUUGUUUGAGACCGCCACUGCUGUUUACAACAUCACCAUCAAGUACUUACUUGAGGGCGUCGGACCCGCUGAUCCGCCAAAGAACGGUCUGACUUCUUCCAAUGGUCAGGACACUGCGCAAACUUAUGAACAGACUUAUGGAGGUCGUAUUAUUGGGAGCGUCUUGCCUCCCAUCAACGUUCCUCUCACUGGAGGGGCCACCCACGGUAUCGUUAGAGUCCCUGCUUCUCAGGAGGGCGCGAUUGUUCCACUCUCGACAGUCAAGAUCUCUUUCGACAGCGAGUUCAUCAAGCUUGUCGAUGCCUACUACGCAGGCGACUCCAUCUUUUGGACGAUCUCUUGGGAGAAGCUCCCGACUGAGGAGGGCAAGAACCCCCAGUCUGUGGACGUCAUCACUAGCAUCCCGCACACUCAGUUUGGAGGCUUGACUUCUUGGACCCGUAUUGUCCAGCCGUACACUGUUGUUUUUUAUGUCCUUGAGAAGUAG